CCGGUGCCGCCAUGAGGGCUGUGCUUUGGGACCUGCUGCUGCUCUGCCUCUUUGCCCGGGUGCGGGGGGACUGCCGGGGGGACUGCCUGCGCUGCGACCGCCACCUCUACCGGGACAGCUUUGACGUCCUUGUCUGCAUCCUGGAGUGCGAAGGCGAAGCUGUGCCUCGGGCCACCUGGGAGCUGUGCGCUGCCGCCAGCCGAGCCGCCCCAUGGCCCCACGACCUGCAGGACGCUGGCGAUCCCUGGCAUGGCGCGGUGCCGGCGGUGCCGGUGAGCCCGCUGCAGGUAAGCGAGCUGCUGCGGCGACGGGAAGCCGAGGAUGAAGGCGUCGAACCGGCACCAGGCGCCUUCCCGCAGCCACCUGAGGACAUUUCCCGACGGCUCGGCAGUUUCCCGCGGGGGAUGCGCAGCUCGCGGCCGGCACCGACAGCCAAGGGGGUGCAGAAGCGGUACGGGGGCUUCAUCGGGGUCCGCAAGUCAGCGAGGAAGUGGAACAACCAGAAGAGGUUUAGCGAGUUCCUGAAGCAGUACCUGGGCAUGUCGCCCCGCUCCACGUUCCGGCACCGCAUCCCAGCACCUUCUGCCAGGCACAGGCAAAAUUAACCCUGCUCCUGUCCACCCCAGCAGCCUCCAUCCUCUCUCUGACGGACCCCAAAGCGCUUCAGACUCGCACGCGUUCAGAAAUCACUUUGCUCUUCACUCACUAAAGCCAGAUUUAAACCAGGACCCGACGAAUUUCGGCCUCCGCCUGCGACAGGAGCGAGAUGCCAUGGGGAGGGCGGGGAGGGGACCGCGGGGGAGCGGGCAGAAAUUUAAACAAAAUAAGGAAAAAAAGGGAUUCUUUCAAAAAAAAUUGGAUUUGGGGCUUUUUUUCUUUUAUCUUUUUUUGGGUUGGCCACUGUGAAAAAGCCACCUUGGAUCCAGCAGAAAAUAAGCCCCCACCCCACAUUCCCAGUGCCUUCCCUGGCAGCGCUCAGCAUCCCCCAGCCAGGGCUUAUACCUUCACAUGGGAUUUAUUUCCAACUUUUCGGAUGGGGGAUGCCAAGGGGUCGCAUCCCACUGUGGCUCCAUUCCCAGCCGCCACAGCAGGGACCGGCUCCUGCCCCAGUGCCCAAAACGCACCUGGGAAACAUCAGUUCUUUUUUUAAAUUCUUUUUCCCUUUUCUAAAAUGUAUUUUUCCCUUUUUUUCAGUGUUUUCCCUCAAGUUUUGUAAAGCCUCUGGGGUUGACUUCUUUGCUCAGCAAUACAAACCACGCGCAUGUUUUUGUUGCGGCCCCCCGCCCCCCCCGGCAUGCAUCGUGUCCCAGUCCCCACGCUGGGACGCGGGUUCCCCCCCCCC